AUGGAGAGAGUUCAUAAAUCCUUUCUUCUAAGUCUAGCAAUCUUUCUGAUCGUGUUCCACAGUACAACAACUACAACACAAAGUGCGAGGGAACUUCUGGAAAAGAAUGAGGCGCAUGAUGAGCACAACAGGGUAAUCGUUAAAGACCAAGAAGAGAGAGUUGUGAUCACAGGAGGACAUGACGAUGGAAAAGAUGGAGGAAAUGGACGCGGAUAUGGUAGCAGUUCAGGAGGUGGAGGUGGAGGAGGUGGCGGGGGCGGUAGUAGUGGUGGUGGUGGUGGCGGCGGCGGUGGAGGUGGUGGUGAUAGUGGAGGUGGCGGUGGUGGAGGUGGUGGUGGUGGUGGUUCCGGAGGUGGAGGAGAUGAUGGACAUGGAAAAGAUCAUGGUGAUGACGGUCAUGGAGGUGGAGGGGAUGGUGGGAGUGGAAAAGAUCACGGUGGAGAUGGUGGAGGAUAUGAUGGCGAUCAUGGAAGUGAAGGAGGUGAUGGACAUGGAAAAGGCGGUGGACAUGACGAAGGGGACGGUGGACAUGGAAAAGAUCACGGAGGAGAUGGAGGAUACGAUGGCGGUCAUGGAAGUGAAGGAGGGGAUGGACAUGGAAAAGGUGGCGGAUAUGAUGGAGGGGACAGUGGACAUGGAAAAGAUCACGGUGGAGAUGGUGGAGGAUACGAUGGGGGUCAUGGAAGUGAAGGAGGUGAUGGACAUGGAAAAGGUGGUGGACAUGACGAAGGGGACGGUGGACAUGGAAAAGAUCACGGUGGAGAUGGUGGAGGAUACGAUGGCGGUCAUGGAAGCGAAGGAGGGGACGGACAUGGAAAAGGUGGCGGAUAUGAUGGAGGGGACAGUGGACAUGGAAAAGAUCACGGUGGAGAUGGUGGAGGAUACGAUGGCGGUCAUGGAAGUGGAGGAGACGGUGGGCAAGGAAAAGAUCAUGGUGGUGACGGUGGAGGAUAUGAUGGCGGUCAUGGAGGCGGAGGGGACAGUGGGCAUGGCAAGGAUCAUGAUGGAGGAGAUGGGGGCAGACACGAUGGUGGCCAUGGGGGUGGAGGCGGAUAUGAUGGUGGUCAUGGAGAUGGAGGUUACGAUGGUAAACCGUACCCAUAUCCGUACAACGGGGGUUAUUGGCCAGGCGGCGGUUAUUGGCCUGGCGGUGGGUAUUGGCCAGGGAUUGGUGCAGGCUCUCCGUUUAACUAUGGUUGGGGUUGGUGGAGGCGUGGACCUUGGUGGAACAACAGGAACGGUGGCUACGGUUUCAAGCAAGAGAAACCAGGCAAGUAG